AUGAAAAAAAUUAACCACACAGAUUCGAAGCAGAAAUUGUUGAAGCAAGCAAGAUUGGGAAAACACCUGUCAUCGAAAAAAGGAUCUCGCACCGGAAACUCGGCUAACAACAAGGAACUUAAAGUACUCACCCUGUUACAAACUGUACCGUGAACUUUGAACUCUCUACGCAGCUCUCUCUAAGCGCAGCUUUGUGUAAUCGGCAGAAAAUUCACAUUAUUCAAAAAAGAUAUCCCAAGGAAAAUCUAAAGACAAAAUGGUCUACACCGAACGUACUGACAAGUGCCUGAGCAGCACCACCAAGGACAACCAUUCCUCGAAGGGUCAGAGCCAGUCCAAGUCGGCUAGUGGCUCUGGCUCGGGAUCAGGA